AUGAGCCAUCACUACAAACUGAAUCGUGGAGUAAAAAGCGUGAUCGAUACGAGUCCACCUUUUUCCAUGUAUAACAGUCCAAUAAGUAAGUCGAAAUUCUGGCUGGAAAGAAAAAGUUCACACUGGAAUAUGUACUUAUCGAAAAGUUUCAUUUUCACACCGAAUUUCUCAUUCAAAGCCAGCAUCUUUUACAGAAGUGUACUCAAAAAGAUUCGAUGCGUUGGACCGACUAGUCAUUUAAUCUAG